UUUUCCUUUAAGCAACACAGAAGGACAUGAAGUAGUAGAAAUGAGUGCAAUCUGAGUCAGCUGUAAACAGAUAUGUGAAUGAAUUCCUCAAUAUUCAUGAUUUAAUAAUGUAUAUAUUAUGCAAUGGGCCAUUCUGCCUGUUUUUAUGGGAAUACUUGUUUUACUCUUUUUUUUUACACUGUAGUGCUGUACUGCAUCUCACUGUGUCUGAUUCAGCCACCAAUAGCACAUAAAUAGUUUAAAUGCUACUUAUGCAUUGAUCUUCUAAUACAUGUUUAACACUCAGAGGGACUAUUGCCCUGCACUAUGUUUACUUCCCAUACUUAAAGUGCAUUUACCUCAUAGUACUUACUACUAUUUGCUUGUAAUAAAGUAUUUCUGUGGCGCAGCGCCGGUGCUCCAGCAGAGCAGAAUGAGAACUAGUUUGGUUUCACAGUCUAUCCAAACACAGUAUAAUGACUUCUCACUCUCUCAUCUGCGCUCCUCAGUUCUUCCUACAUGCACCUCAUCUCACCAAACACAAAUCAUGGGGCUCUGCAGCACACCCUGCACUCAGCUGGGGUGGUCUUAUUGAUUUGAGGUGGCUGGGGUCACAGAUCUCUUUUUGGGGGGGACCAGAUCUGUGGGUUGCACUGGCAUCAGGAGCUGGAGGACUGAGAGAAAUGUCUUCACGUAAUAAUGAUGUAAGAUUAUUCAUGACUGUCAUCACUGCUCCCUCCACACGCUGAUGCUGCUCCACUCCUAUCGCCCGUGCAGCAGCAGACAGGUCGUCCUCAGCGGGGGGGCACCUGCCGUGCUGUCCCGCUCGGCGUUGCAGUGUCUGUGUGAGCGGAUGAUUGGUGCACAGCUGGAGACAGAGGCGGACCUGUGGCCGAACACCUGAGCGGACUACCGACUUCGCGGGACGGGAGACGCAACACAUUACUUUCCAGAUCCAGCGAUGAUGCCCCGUGGUGGGCCGGGCGGCGGCGGGACACCGCGCGGGACCACCGGCACCUUCCUGUCGGCAUGCCUGCUCUCCGCCUGUCAAGCCUACCGAAGCUGCGGGGGGGUCCAGUGCGGCGACGGCCAGCAGUGCUGCCCGCCCAUGGUCGGCGGGAACGGCAGUGCCAGCUCGGCGGUGCGCUGCUGCAAGCUCCCCAUCCACAUCUUCUUCGACAACGUCGGCUGGUUCACGAAGAAGCUGUCGGGCAUCCUGAUCCUGUUGCUGCUCUUCGCCAUGGGCUACUUCAUCCAGCGGAUCAUCUGCCCGCGGCCCCGCCGGAACCCGCACAACGACCGCAGCGAGGAGCCCUCCCUCUUCAACGGGCACGCGUCGGCGUCCCAGGACUCCCUGCUGGACCGGUACCCGGAGGGCAGCCUCGGGGACUUCACCUCCCCGAACCUGCCGGCCUACGACGAGGUGAAAUAUCUGCCCACGUACGAGGAGAGCAUGCAGGAGAUGCACAGGGACCGAUCCGACGACAACCUGCUGUCGUCGGGGAGCGACAGGGGCGGUCAGGGCAGGGCGAGAGCCGCGGGACCGAGAGCCGGCGAGCAGAGGCGGGAUGUCCUGGAGGUGUCAGGACCGCAGCACAGCCCAAGGACAUGUCGGAACUCUGUGUGACCGGCCGGACUGAGACAAUACAGCGAUCACAUUUGAAUAUAAUCAGGAAACAAGUCCCCA